AUGGCCGCGCCGAACGUCCGCGCCACCUUCCAGGCCGGCAGAGGCGCGAACCCUCCGCUCGUCGUCCUCGUCCACGGUCUCGAAUCCUUCUCCGGGACGUGGGACGCGGUCCGCGCCAGGUGCGCGUCCCCCGACGGGCCCCAUCGGCACAGGGCGCCUAGCAUCCUCGCCUUGGACCUCCGCGGCCACGGGCUGACGCCCGUAGGGGACGAGGACGAUUUCUCCCCGGCGGCGCUCGCCGCGGACGUCGUCGCGUGCGCGCGCGCACACAUGACCGCACAUGGAGCCGGCGGCAAGGACACGUUCACGAUCGUCGGGCACUCGAUGGGCUCGCGCGUCGCGCUGCGAGCGGCGGCGGAUUUUCCCGAUGCCGUCGACCACGUCGUCGUCGAGGACAUGGACUGCUCGAUCCGGCGCGCGCCCAAGUUCGACCACGACGCGCUCAGGCGAUGCGUCCUGACCGCACCCACGCGCGAGGAGGUGGUCGCGAACCUCGCCGCAGCCAUGCCGGACGUCAUGACCCGCGAACGAUGCGAGGGCUACGCCGCGCGGGGACGCAUCAUAGAAACUUCGGCCGGUGAGUGGACGUCGCUGGUCAAUCCGCUGGGGUACGCGCUGGCGUACGAGCGCGUGCUCGCGGUGGACGACGCCGCGCUCGCCGUCAAGCAGAUCGAGCGGUUCGCGGCGAUGCGCCAGCCCGCGCCAAUCGUGCACCUGUGGCGAGCGCCGUUCGACGAGCCCGGCACGUGCGCCGAGAAGGAUGGGUUGGGCGGCGUGGAGUGGAUACUUCAAAGGGACGGGUCGAGCGAGUGGAGGGUGCGGGACUGCGUGUUCGAGAACGCGGAGCACAGCGUGCACAACACCCGGGUAGAGGCGUUCACGGACGCGAUGGUGGCGCUGGUCAUGGACGGGACGGACGCGCCCGAGCGGCUGUGA